ACUAACUGUCAAUGUCAUAAAAAUGUAUGAAAGAUGCGAUUUCACUGAAUUUUGAUUAAAAAAGUUUAGACGCAAACAUUUAAAUAAGAAGAAGUGUUUAUUAAAGUGUUAACAGUGUUGUUUUGUCCAAAAUGUCGGCGACAACAUCUUAUAAUAAUGAUAAAGUGGUGAUGGGUGAGGUGGAAUACCCGGCAAACGACCCAGCUUCUGGGGCGUUUUUCCAACCAGAUUAUAAGAAAAAUGAAGAUCUGAAAGUCAUGUUAGAUGGAUCCAAAGACUCGCUGAAACUGGAGGCUAUGAAGAGAAUCAUUGGCAUGAUCGCCAAGGGAAGGGACGCUUCAGACUUAUUUCCAGCAGUAGUAAAGAAUGUGGUGUCCAAGAACAUAGAAGUAAAGAAGUUGGUGUAUGUGUACCUGGUGAGGUAUGCUGAGGAGCAACAGGACCUCGCUCUGCUGUCCAUCAGCACCUUCCAGAGAGCUUUGAAGGACCCAAACCAGUUAAUCCGAGCCAGUGCUCUGCGAGUGCUCUCAUCCAUCCGCGUGCCAAUGAUCGUGCCUAUAGUGAUGCUGGCCAUCAGAGACUCUGCCAGUGACAUGUCGCCUUAUGUCAGGAAGACUGCUGCUCAUGCUAUACCUAAGUUGUAUAGCUUGGAUCCGGAACAGAAAGAGGAGUUAGUUUCAAUAAUAGACAAGUUACUGUCAGAUAAAGCGCCGCUCGUCGUCGGCUCGGCGGCCAUGGCCUUCUCAGAAGUGUGUGGGGAACGUAUGAGCCUUAUACAUAGGAGUUACAGGAAACUGUGCUCCCUAUUAGCAGAUGUAGAUGAAUGGGGUCAGCUGACUCUACUCAAUGUGCUCACCGUGUACGCUAAGACAUGCUUCGCGGACCCCAACACUGAGAAAUAUUCAAGCGACAGCGACACGGACAAGCCGUUCUACGAGUCGGACAGUUCAGGCGGGGGGCGGCGCUCCCCCCCCGCGCUGGACCACGACCACCGCCUGCUGCUGCGCGCCGCCAAGCCGCUGCUGCAGAGCAGGAACUCAGGAGUUGUUCUCGCAGUCGCACAGCUCUUCUACCAUUGUGGACCCGCUCAAGAGCUACCACCAGUCGCCAAGGCCAUGGUUCGACUCCUGCGCGCGCCACUGGAAGUACAGAGUGUCGUACUCAACUCUAUAGCUGCGCUUACUGUUACCAGACGGACACUAUUCGAACCAUUCCUAAAAUCUUUCUUCGUGCGCAACUCGGACCCCACACACAUUAAACUGCUAAAAUUGGAGAUUCUAACCAAUCUAGCUACCGAGGCAAGUGCCGGGGUGAUACUGCGGGAGUUUCAGACGUAUGUCACUUGUAGCGACAAGGCGUUCGCCGGGGCUACGAUACAGGCUAUAGGCAGGCUCGCCGUCGCCAUACAUUCCGAGACUGAGACCUGCUUGAAUGGAUUACUUCAUUUGUUGUCGAGUAAAGAUGAAUGGGUGGUAUGUGAGGCAGUGGUGGUAGUGAAGCGAGUGGUGGGUGGGGGGGCCACCUCGGCCCGCGCCGCCGUCGCUCGCGCCGCCAAACUACUGCGGGCUGACAGACUGGGCGGCGCGGCCCGCGCGGCGGGGGUAUGGUUGGUGGCGGAGCACGGCGCGCGACACCCGCGGGCCGCCGCCAUACUCGCGCAUAUGGCACACAACUUCGCUGACCAGGACGAGCUAGUAAAGCUACAACUACUAUCUCUAGCAGUAAAACUGUCAAUAACCCAACCGGACACGUUACCGAUGUGUCGAUACGUUGUCUCUCUCGCACGGUAUGACGUCAGCUAUGACGUCAGAGACCGCGCGCGAAUGCUGCGGCGGUUCAUUGAACCUCAGCCCGGCAAACAACUGAAUAAUUACGUUGCUGAGAUAUUCUUGCCUGAGAAACCGAAGCCCGAUAUCCAGAGUAGUUUUAAAGACCGCGGUGGGUUCACGGUGGGGUCCCUGUCGCAGUACAUCGGGUCGGCGGCGGCCGGGUACAGGCCGCUGCCGCCCGCGCCCAGGGAGACCGUCGCCGGACAUCUCAGGGAACUGGGCACUGGCAAGAUCGAUACUCCCGUUGAUAACCACGAUGAUACACAGAAAAACAAGAGUUUCUACUCGGAGCCGGAGAGCAGUGGAUCAGGGUCUGGAUCCUCUUCCUCAAGCAGUAGCAGCUCUGAGGAGUCUUCGGAGGAUGAGGAGGAGAGCAACGCAGAAGAGAAGAAACAAGAAAAGCCAGUAAAAGAAACUAAUAACUAUAGGUCAAGGUCAUCGAACUCAGGCACAUCGGAUAGUGAAUCGGACAGCGAAUCGGAAAGCGGAUCGGACAGCGAAUCGGAUGGCUCGUCCGAAUCGGCAGACAGCAGCGAGGACGAGGCUCCUAAGAAAAAUGAAGUUAGUCGCGACAAAAAGCAAAAUGCACAACCAGCGCCACCUAAAGAAGGACCGAAGAAGAAUGAGAAAUCGAACUUGGAACUCUUGUUAGAGUUAGACGAGGUAGCGAGUUCGUUGCCCACUAUGACGCCCACUUGUGGGGGGUUCCUGUCUCCGCCCAGCUUAGCUCCGCAGGGGAUUGGGGAUGCGGACAGUAUAACCCCGGUGGGUCCGUCGUACACGGCGCCAGGAGUGACGGAGGUGGUGUCCCGCGUGGUGUGGGGCGGAGUCUCCGUGUGUCUCCGGUGGAGCAGGGCUCCGCACUUGUUCUCACAGAAGAUGUGUGCCCUCGACCUCGUGUUUACCAACCACAGUAACAGCGAGGUCACUAAUAUAAGGAUGCAUAAGAAGACGCUGACAGGUUCCCGCAGCAUCCACGACUUCUCCCCCAUCCAGAUGCUGGUCCCCGCCGGCACCGCCACCGUCAUGCUCGGGGUCGACUUCGCAGACACCAUACAACCCAUCGAGUUCACUAUUAACAGUUCUAUAGGUGAAGUGCCAAUAUCAAUAACUCCUCCAGUGGGGGAACUGAUGCGGGCAGUGACCAUGUCCCAGACGCGGUGGGACUCCGAACACAAGAAGCUUAGGGGAAUGACCGAGUGUGACAAGAAAGCAGUGAAACUGGAAGAUGAGCAGUUAAUCUGUAAGCGGGUCUUCGAGACUGCCAACCUCGCUGCCAUCACGUCUACUGGAGACUUCCUCAGGUUCGCCGGUCGUAUGAUGUCCUCUCAAGACCUAGUUCUUCUGUCAGUGAGGAGUGAGGAAACCAGCUCCAGGGUCACUGCCAACUGCCCCAACAUGGCCAUAGCGUCACUCCUCGCCAACGAAGUAGCUCAAGCCUUAGGAAGGACCUAACUAACCAGACCUCUUUAUAUUGCUCAUCAGAAAUAAAUGCCUACAAAAAUAAUCUUGAUCAUUGAUUUCAUGGUAAUUUUACCAUUUACGAGCACGCCCGAUUACUUUCGGGGUGAUCCGAUCACUUUCGAGCUCGAAUAGAGCCGAUCGAGUAUUGUUUACUCGUCGGACAAUUUACAAGGGUCCUGAAAGUUAAUAAAUAAUAUGGAUAUGUUAAUGUUAUAAUGAUGUAUGUAAUCUUUAUUUAGUAAAGUAUGUUCUAUGUAUGUUUUUAUCUUGAUUGUAUGAAAUGUUCGAAAAAAGGAUUUUUCUAUGGCCUCGUAUAUGAAAAUGAAAAAAAUUAAGGAACCUAGAUCUAUUAAGUCUGAAAUUACCUGACAUUUUUGAUAGACAUAUCCUAAGAAUUUGAACUGAAUCUAGCAGUGAAUUUAUGGAUACUGCCGAGCCUUAUACGUUGACGGAAGAUCUUAUAUUAGACUAGCGGACCCGACAGACGUUGUCCUGUCUACACGUCUUUAAUUUGAAAAUUUGUCGGAUCCAAUGUAAAACAUUCCAAAAUCAACAACUACUAAUCAAUUAAAAAAUAAUUAAAAAAGCAUUGUCCAGCGGACAAAAUUGUGAAUCUAAACCAUUCUCAGAUCCCCUUGAACACACACAAAAAAAUUCAUCAAAAUCGGUCCAGUCGUUUAAGAGAAGUUCAGUGACAUACACACUUACAGAAGAAUUAUAUAUAUAAAGAUUUCCAGGAUCAGAAUCCCAAGCCUAUGGAUUCCACAACUUGGAACACAAAACCUUUAACUGGUCAAAAGUGAGUGUUACAUGUAAUAUGUGCACCUCUGCCUACUCCAUUUGGGAACAAACCGUAAUGUUAUGUUAAACAGAGAUUUUCUUCAUCAUUAUAUUCACCCAAGACAUAAUAAAAUACUUAGUUUUACCAUUUAAUUAGUGUCGAGUACUUAGUCCAUUCCAUUUCUUAUGUUUAUUCUUGUCUAGUCACACGACUGCCGUUAGCUAAAGUCUAUCUUAAUAAACUAUAAAACAAAAAUAUAUGAAAAAAAUAGUGAUCUACAACACAUGCAAUUAUAGAGUCUAUUCCUAUAGGAUAAGGUAGAUAAUUGAAUGAAAUCCUUCCUGUCUGCUAACUCUAAGUACUUAUGUAUUAAAUACUAUAUUAUGUAAACUAAUGAAAUAAAUAUCUUUGUACUUCUA